ACGACCCCAACUCGACAGCUGGACCUGAGGAGCAAGAUGUCCCUGAGGUCGUCGGGCGCAGAGUCAAAGUGCCAAUGGUCCAAGGUCAUGAUAUGGCUGGCGUGCUUGAUCUUGCUGUGGUCAAUGACCAAGUUUACGUCGUAAGUUGAUGAAUCUUCAAGCCAAGUAUGCCUCGCCCUUACUCUGCCUUCAGCCCCACGAGGACGGUUCUCUUGAACCGCUGUCAGACCUUGCUGUCGCCCCGUCAUUCUUUAGCACUUGGCCAUUCAGAAUUGCUAUGCGCCUGGCCAGAUCUGCCUUCUCGCACCUUCCUCCCAGUGUCCAAUCGUCCCUACCCGUUUCCCUUCGCGCACACCAACAACCUAUCGAAUCAGAGAGCAACACCGCUGAAGGCUUCGAUGUCUCACCUACGAAUGGCUCGACAUCCCGUAGUAAACAGAAGCCGCGCUCGCAAGGCACAGACACGCCAAACACGGCUACUUCCUUAUCAGACUCCGAGGAGGGAGAUGAAAACGACGAGACGCCAAACGGCAGUGGGACCGAGGCCAAGCCGAAAAAGAAGCGUGGACCAGGUAAAGCAGCAGGGAUGAGGCGGAGAAAGAUGGGCAUGAAAAAGUAGAUGUUCCGGCCUAGACGAUAGAGCAAAAUACCUGAUGAUCCUGCAUCAUAACGCAUGAAACUGAUAAUGUCACACCGAG